CGGUCAUAUGACCGCGGCGCGGGGGCGAGCCGGGCCGUGUGGGAGCGCGCGGGUGUCGGGCAGCCGCCGCCGGAGCCGAAGCCAGAGCCAGACCCCGGUCCCCCGCCGCCGCCGCCAUGCUGGCGCUGCUCUCCCGGCUGCUGGACUGGUUCCGCUCGCUCUUCUGGAAGGAGGAGAUGGAGCUCACCCUGGUGGGGCUGCAAUACUCGGGCAAGACCACCUUCGUCAACGUCAUCGCGGUGAGCGGAGCGGGCCGCGCCGGCCCGGGGUCAGGUCAAUUCAGUGAAGAUAUGAUUCCUACUGUGGGCUUCAACAUGAGAAAAGUUACGAAGGGUAAUGUCACAAUAAAGAUUUGGGAUAUAGGAGGGCAACCACGAUUCCGAAGCAUGUGGGAACGAUAUUGCAGAGGAGUUAAUGCUAUUGUCUACAUGGUAGAUGCUGCAGAUCGUGAAAAAAUAGAAGCCUCUCGAAAUGAGCUGCACAAUCUUCUAGAUAAGCCACAGUUACAAGGAAUCCCUGUUCUAGUACUUGGAAAUAAGAGAGACCUUCCUAAUGCUUUGGAUGAGAAACAGCUAAUUGAAAAGAUGAACCUUGCUGCUAUUCAGGACAGAGAAAUCUGCUGCUACUCAAUUUCUUGCAAAGAGAAAGAUAAUAUAGAUAUCACGCUUCAGUGGCUUAUUCAGCAUUCAAAAUCUAGAAGAAGCUGAAGUCUUCUUGGAAUCUCCAGUACCAGUUGGCCAUAAUCUCAAUUGUCCACUUCCCUCCAUAAUGAGAUACUACCCAAAAAUCCUGUAUCAAGAAUCUUGCCUUUUCACGGUUCAUUUCUCAUGUGCACUGCUGAAGACUUGUAUUCCUAUUCUGUCACAAAACAACUAGAGUUGUCAUGAUAAAGUCAGCACAAAUAUUUAUUUUACAACCAUCUAUGGUGGGAGGGUUGGGGGGGCUUUUUAAAAAAAAAAUCUCUCUACCAUGUUAACUAUGAUGGUACACUCUGUUCUGGUUUUUCAGGGCCAGGUUUUUAUAUGAUUUUCAGCAAGUGUUUUAUUUCUAGUGUUUAGUGGCUUGAAGAUGCUGAUGCUUGACAGCAUUAAGAUUCUGUAAGAUGCCACAUACAGUAGUUAGAAAACAUUUAAGCGUGAGUUGUGGGAUACCGAUUUAUCUCACAAAUGCAUGUGAUGUGUGUAUGUAAGCAGAGAAAUGGGAGCUGUUUGCGGAGGGGAGCACAAGGCAUAGAUCAGCAUCACUAAUCUACAGCUGAGAGCUUAUCCUGUCACUUGAAAAAGAAAAUUCUCAUGAUGAAUUAGGAAAGAGUCGACUGUUUAAAAUCAUUUUGUUGCUUCUGUUUAACAUUUGUGUGGGGGAUGGGAAUGGACUGUUCUGUCAAGCUUUCAAAAAUUGGACUAUUCCAGCAUGAAAACAAAUUGCUAGGAACAUCAGACUUUGUUCAAAUACAUUUUUCUAUCUACAGAUACUAGUGGUCUCUAUCUGAAACCAGAACACACAUUCUGAGCAGCUGCAUGACACUUAAAUUACUGAUGUUUUUGUAUAGAGUCAGUUGUUGACCUUUAGCACAAUAUCUAUGUAAUCGUCUAGUGUCUCCUGCUCAUGAAAUGGCUGGGCACAGUUUCACCUGGUGCUAUGGAAUAUCUAGGCUAUUGUGACAACUCUAGACCUGCCUGCUUUCUUGAUGUAACCAUGUGCAAAGUCUGUAAGUUGCAAGAUGAAAUGUUCUACUGUGUCAAAGCACAAGAGAGCCAAUGAAUUGAUCCUGUUUCUUGACUAGCUCCUACAGUAUAGGGAAGUAUGUAUAAACUAAAGAUUGUAAUGUUUUUGUAGCUUUACUUUCUCAAUGACUUCAGUAUAUUUAAAGGGACAGACUUGUUAAGACUGGUUUGUUCAUACAGUAAUGUCAGUGUAGCUUACUAGUGUAUGCAAAUACAUGGUGCACCUGCUUGUGUUGCCUCACACUGUGUGUGAUUCUUCACCUAAAUGUAGUUUGCAUUAUGUCGGAGUCUUUGGUUGGAAACUGUUUAGUCCAUAUCAGUUAUGACAAGCCAGUUUUAAUUUAGACUGCCAUGGCCUUACUGUUCUGUACCAACGAUCGCACUGUUGCACAGACACUACAUGCUGCCUGCAUUCAGUCUGAACUUGCAUUUUAACUUUUUGUCCCCUUUCAGUUCUCUGAAGCAUGAUUUCAAUUAAUUCAUACUCUGGUGCUGUAGAGGAGAGGGUAUAUUAACUUGCUACUGUAGUCCCUAGUUCACCAGGAACUGCUACAGUUACUUUUAUUUAGCAAACUUGCUUGUGCCUAAGAUAAGGAAACUAAACUAGAAUGUGUGAAUCUUUGUGGGGGACCAGGUCACUGUUUAGUUAACUGGCCUAUAGCUAAACUUGAUGUGUUUGGUGUUUAUAUACUUCACUGCUUUCAGCGUUUAUGGCAUCCAAACACUACCAAUUGUUAACCUGUGCAUUACUCUCUGCAUGUGAACAACUUAUACAAUUACUGAACUUUGUAAAUACGUGAAUUUUUUUUAUUUAGGUGGAUGCAUAUGUUGGUUUACUGCUCUUCAGCUUUAUUCAAUAAACUUAUGUUUUGAGGGUUGUAUUGACACUUAACUGACUGACUUGAGUUGAUGUGGCUUAACUCAUGGAAAUACAUUUUUGGAUGUCUGUCUCCUCUCCCACAAGAUUACAGUGGGGGAAGAAGGUUCGGUAAAUAACUGAGCUUCUUUAUGUUAUGUGGUUCAAGUAUUCAAGUGAAAUGCUUGUAAAACUACCUUUCAGGCCUGGGGCUUUCUCAGGUUACAUGAGCAAGCUUAGUCAGUCAGUCUCAGCAGACUUCAGUGCUUUUUUAUGUUUAUGAAAAGCACUGGUCAGCUGAAGGGUCUUAAGUAUGGGCAGCCUUCUGGAGCUCUGUUUUCAGGAGAAAAAUGCAUGUGUCUACAAGCUUGUUGCUUGUCAUCAAGCCUAGAGUAAACCCUUUGCUUUUCUAGCAGAAGUGUCAGAUCUAGCAGUGCCUGAUCAUUGAUGCCAAUUAAAGCAUAAAGAUUCUUAUCUCAUUGGAAAGCGAGGCUUUUGUUGACAGAGGUCUUGGACAAAAUCUUUAUUGUGAUUUUAAUCUGAAGUUAACACUGACUGUUCUUCCCAAAUGCUUUGUUGCAUUAAUUUCUCUCGGGUCACUUAUUAAUGUAUAGGACCAUAUGUCAACAUCUUCCAAGUAAUGGUAACAAAUUGGAUGUCUUCUGUUCGUGGCCUGCCUCUAUGUAAGCUUUCAAACUUACUGAGCUGUAAUGGGUUAGUUUUUAGGCCUGAGUACUGGUCAGUUAGCAUCCUUCAUGUGUAACUCAGCUGGUGGGAAGGACUAAUGAACUGUUGAGUAAAACAUCACGUGCGUAUUUCUUCAGCUGAUGAGGAGUUUCCUGCGUGCAAAACAAGCUACCUGGAGUUAACAUUCUAAGCAAAAUGCAUCUAGAUACAAAAUCUGAAAACAGUAUUGGUGCUGUAAGAUUUGUCACCCUGGUUGGUCUGAUAGCAGUACUAAUCACUUAAAUCAGCUGUGGUGUGAACUUGGCCAACAGCUGUUUGCUUGAUGUGGUAUUUAAGUAAUAGCUUCUACUUCUAAAUGUAAAUAGCAAGGAAAGCUACACUGGCCACCUAUGAUGUACAUACUCUAAAAUGUACAUUUGUUAUUACUUCAUGAAAUGACUCUGCCUAGGUUUUCACAGCUGUUCUUGCACAGUUUGAGAUGCCCUCAGUUACUCACGGGGCAGAAAUGUAGACCUUGAAGAGACUGUUUGAAUCCAGUGCAAAGCAUUACACUUUUUCUGUUUGAGGGCUUGAUUAGCUUUCCAACUACCUUAAUUUUGAAACAGAAGGGAAGUGUAGUAAGUCUUUCCAGAGAAGUGAGGCUGCUCUUGCCACCUUUCAGCCCUGGGCUGAAAAGACUACUUACUCAUCUGGCACAGUUAAGUCCAAGGUUAAAGCUUUUCUGUUCCAAUAAAGGUGUGGAGCCUAAGGUAGGCAUUAGCAGUGUUGUCUGCUGAACUUGGAUGUUAUAGCUGUGUUCUGCUUCUAGAAAUCUAUUGAGCCAGUCUAAUCUCUCAUGAUGAUUACUUGUCUCAGGCUCUGUAGUGAGCCUAGACAGUAAAAAGAAACUGAUUAAAUUUCCCAUUCUCUUAACAAAAGUUGCUUUUGGGGGUGCAUUUUAGUAACAUAAAUUAUUGUACUUAAACAUCAGUAGCUGUAGUCCUGAAACUCUCUUCUGAUGUAUCUGCAGUAGGCCUUGACCGUUAGCAUAUUAAGAAAACUGGAUCUUGUGAAAAGGCAAAUACUGAGCCGGAGAGAACUCUUGGUCAUGAAUAUGCAUGCAAGUUAGACACCAGUCAUACCUUUAUGACCUCAUGAUGUGUUGGUAUUGUAUGGUGUCCCAAUGAUUUUAAAAUAGCCAUCAACUCUAAAUACUUGUUGGUGGUUUUGUUCAGUACAAGCAAUCGCUCUUACUGAUCAUAGAGCAGCACAUCUCUAGACUAGACUAGGAAGAAAUGUUUGUGCGUGCACCCACAGCACCGGGCUGUGUGAAAGUUUUCCUUGGAGUGUUAAUGUCCGAUCAACUUUAGUGUGGAUGGUGGUUUCUUUAAGUGCAAUUACAGUGCAGUAUAACUCAUCAUCACCCCGAGUACAGCUGAGUGUCGUAGCAGUUGCACAGAGCAAUUCUGUCCUACCACUUAGCAACAUGAAAAAUGCACAAAUGUGGAGCUGUUUCAUGAUCUGUGGAACUAAUAAUCUAGUUUCUUAUCGAUUUGUGUUUUCUCUUUGCACCUUUAUGGAAACAGGUUGGAAAGAUGGUCCUUUUUGGAUGCUGACAUAUAAAACUGCAUAAUCUUCACUUUCUGGUAGAAGAAAGGAGGCCAAAGAAAAUGCCUUAAACAGUCUCUCUGGUUAAAUUAAUAUAGGAAUGUUAUGCAGGGAUCUAUAAUAACUUGAAGUAUGUCUUAGCUGGAUUAUCAAGCUUUUAACUUUUCUAAGGUUUAAUUUUAUAGUUACUGUGGCUGUGCAAUGGCAUGUCAUGAUUUGCUUUGUGCGUGUUUACUGAAUGUGAAAGAAAUGCGCUUCUUCCCGGUCGCAUGCCCCAGCACUGCUCCCUGCUGGCUUGCUUUUGCACUGACCCUGACUAGAGAGCUGUGUGAAUUCCAAAUAGGGGGGGUGUAAAUCAGGUUAUUUAAGCUAUUUUGCUAAGAGUGGUGCAUUGCCGAGUACACGAACAGCAAAGCAAUGAAUCGUGUUAAAGGGGAAGUAAUGUGUGAAUGCCUGAGACUGGUAUGUGCUUCAGGACUUCUAUUCCCAAAACGUGAGUGUAGAAUGACUUGUCUACUUCAAUGAGUAGUAGUCUAUUGCUUUAGGACUACAGAUGCUGAAUGUUAAAGUAUGCCUUGGUGAAACAUCGGGGAAUUUCUUUUACAUGUCACUUAAAUGACAAACAGGGAAUGGCACUCAAAGGGGGUACGCACAUACUCUUUUAAAGGAGAAGUAAAAUAUUUGAUGUUUUUAUUUUCGUCACAGUGGAAGGUGGGUAAGUAGACCUUUGUGCCAGGAUUAGUGCCUUUUAAUUAUGACAUUACAGGUUUUAUUCUGUUAAAGGCAACAUCUAUCAUUGUGAUCAUUUUGAAGUGCUUCAAUAAAGUGUUGUUGAAAACCA